AGGGGACCUCGGGGUGGUGUCCGUGCUGUCCGGGGCUGUCCGGCCGGGGGGACACUGCGGAGCGGGCUGGGGACAGGGCCGCGGGGCCGGGGGUGGCAGCCCCGCUCCUCCCUCCCCCGCCGCAGGCGCCCCCCGAGGUCCCCGUGUCCCCAUGGCGGCCGCGUCCUGCCCGGCGCUCCUGGCCGCCUGCCUGGCGCUGCACCUGGCCACAGCCCGGGGCGACGGCUGCAGCGGCUUCGGGAACCUGUUCACGGAGAUCGCGGAGAACAGCGCCCACGGCAGCCUGGUGGCGCGGCUGCCCCCGCCGGGGGACGCGGGGGGCGCGGGGGGCGGCCUCCAGCUCUGCCUGGUGGGCGCCGACGCCGCCUGGUUCUACCUGGACGGGCGCAGCGUCCGCCUCAACGUCUCGGCCGGGAGGGCGCUGGACCGUGAGGAGCUGGAGUCCCCGGUGCUGAUGGUGGCCCUGACGUGUGCCGAGGACGGCUCCUCCCCGGUCGAGUUCCGGAUCAUCGUCCAGGUCCUCAACGAGAACGACAACCGGCCCCACUUCCAGGGGGCCACCGUCCUCACGCACAACGUCAGCGAGCUGGCGCCGGUGCACUCGGUGGUGUUCAGCGCCCAGGCGGAGGACGCGGACGGGGACACGCUCAUGUACGUCAUCGACACGGCCUCGCCCGACGCGCGCUUCUUCCGCAUCGACCUCCCGAACAGCGGCCGCGUGGUGCUGGCGCGGGCCCUCGACUUCGAGAGCCGGCGGCACCUCGAGGUGGUCGUGACCGCCGUGGAGAUGAACACCCGGGAGCGGUUCAACGCCUCGGCGCGGGUGCGGGUCAAUGUGCUGGACGGGGAUGACCAGUACCCCCAGUUCCUGCCCUGCACCCCCCGCGCCCCCCACAGCCCCCCGGUCUGCACCAGCCCCGUCUACACCGCCAACGUCACCGAGGGCCAGCUCCAGGGCGGUCCCCUGAGCUUCAGCCCCGGCGCCGUCUAUGCCGAGGACGGGGACAGGGGGCUGCGGGCGGCCAUCACCUACUCCCUGCUGGCAGGUCAGGAGAGCAGCAGGUUCCACAUCGACAACGUGACCGGGGCCAUCACGCUGCUGCGGGCGGUGGAGAGCAGCCGCCAGACCCCCGAGAUCUGCCUCAGCGUCAUGGCCUCGCAGGUGAACGACCCCUCCAAGUACGCGGUGGCGCGGGCCCUGGUGCGGGUCCUGGCCCCGAACCGGCACCCGCCGCGCUUCCCCCGCGCCCGCUACCGCGCCUUCGUGGCCGCCGCGCCGCGCCGCGCCGCGCUGCUGCUCACCUUCGGCGGAGAGGCGCUCGCCCUGCGCGCACACGACCCCGACUUCCCCGAGGGGGUGAACCCCCAGGUGCGCUACACCCUGAGCCCCGGCGCCAACCAGAGCCAGCAGCUGUUCCAGGUGAUGCCCAACGGGCUCCUGGUGGCCCAGGCGGACCAGCUGCGGCCCGGACAGAGCUACCGCCUGCAGGUGCUGGCGCGGGACGAGGAGUCAGGGGAGACCUCCAACACGACGGUGGAGCUGGAGGUGCUGUGGCCGGGACAGGCGGCGCCGCGGGACCCCUCGGAGCCGGCGGCCGGGCGGGGGCUGCCGGCGGGGGCGGUCUCAAUCCCCCCCCGAACCUUCAAAGCUCCCCGCACCCCCAAACCGCUGCAGACCCCCAGCCCUCCCCACACCUCCCGCACCCCCAUCCGGGAGCCUGAGGUGGUUCCAGCCGGUGCAGGCCGGCAAGUCCCCCCCGAGCCCCCCCCGGCUCUACUACCGCUGCCGGCGCUGGAGGAGCUGAGCGAGGAGAGCCUGGAGGAGGCGCCGGGGGGCGACCCCCGAGGGGCCCCCCCGCUGCUGCAGCUGCUCGAGGACUCCAUCGAGUGCUGA